AUGGCAGCUUUUGCAACGGCGAGGGCCCCCCUCUCCUUCCACCUCCAGUCUCUCUCCCCUCCCCAGACGAAGACCACCGGCAAGAACCCCUUCCUCCCCACCAGACAAACCUCCUCCACCCUCCGCCUCCUUCCCCUCUUCCGCCGCCCCUCUCUCGGGGUCUCCAAGGAAGACAAGCCCCUCUCCGAGCAGGACCCUCCCACCGCCCUGUCUCAGCCCGAGGGCCCCGGAGAGGAGACGGAAGAAGAGCUCGGAGAGGGAAGAAUCGACCGGCGGCGGGAGGAGGAGAAGUUCGUCGUGCUGAACACGGGGAUCUACGAGUGCAGGUCCUGCGGGUACUUGUACGACCAGGCGGCAGGGGACCCCUCGUAUCCGAUCCCCCCGGGGCUGGGCUUUGAGAAGCUGCCGGAGGACUGGCGGUGCCCGACCUGCGGGGCGGCCAAGUCCUUCUUCGACAGCAAGAGCGUGGAGAUCGCCGGGUUUGCGCAGAACCAGCAGUUUGGCCUCGGAGGGAACUCUCUCACCUCGGGCCAGAAGGGCUCUCUCAUCUACGGCACCCUCGCCUUCUUCUUCAUCCUCUUCCUCCUGGGUUACUUCCUGCAAUGA